AUGUCUUCCGAACAAAAUUAUCCCGGUUACGAAGCACUUACAACAUAUUUGACGCGAAGCAGAGACAAGUCUUUUUGGGGCUUUCUACACCGUUGCCGGGACGCGCUUGUUGUGAUUGUUACCACUUCUUCAACUACUCCUCGCUGGCAAGAUCUCGAUAACUUCUGGGCCGGUAAAUUCAUCGAAGAGACGAGAAAGUUUGGAGAAGAUAUAAGUGGACAG